GUAAUCAUCCGAACAAUUAUGAAAUCUCUAGUUAUCUUUCUGUCAGCUAUCGUUCUUGCCCAUUCUCUGAGGUUCUACGUGCCACCAAAAGAGAAAAAGUGUCUGAAAGAGGAAAUUCACAAGAAUGUGGUCGUAACAGGAGAAUAUGAGUUCAGUCAAGGAAUUCAAUACACUGGAAGUAUUCACGUCACCGACACCAGAGGCCACACUCUCUACAAACGUGAAAACUUUGCUGAUCUAAAAGGAAAAUUCGCGUUCACUGCUGACGAAUACGACAUCUUUGAGAUUUGCAUUGAGAAUCAUCCACCAGCUGGGCAUCCUGGAGAGAAGCGCGAGGUUUCUCUUAUUUUGAAGCACGGAGUCGAAGCCAAGAAUUAUGAUGAUAUUGCCAAAGCCGAGAAGCUGAAGCCACUCGAGGUUGAACUUAGAAGAUUGGAGGAUAUGGCUGAUUCAAUCACCAAAGAUUUCGCAUUCAUGCGCCAAAGAGAGGAAGAAAUGAGAAAUACGAACGAAUCGACAAACAGCCGAGUUCUUUACCUGUCCAUCUUUUCAAUGCUGUGCCUUCUUGGUCUUGCCAUUUGGCAAGUUCUUUUCCUCCGUAAUUACUUCAAGUCGAAAAAGCUUAUCGACUAGAUUUCCCCAACCCUUAAUUUAUGAUUAAUUUAUCAAUUUUUUUUUCGGUUCUCCUCAACUUCUUGCUUUUCCCCCAACAUCUCUUUUGUCCACACACCCAAACGUUUCAUGUGAUUUCUAAUUGGUUCCCACAUCUUUUUUACUAGAUAAUGAUGAUAAUGAGUAUUUUAUUUUGUUGGAUUUUAGUUGUUUCCUCCCCCGUUAAUCUGCACAAGUAUCAACAAAGGGUAAAAUGUAUAGUGUGUAAUGUUUCCGUCUUAUUUUUCUGUUUUCAUCAUUGCCGUUUUUUAAAAUCAUUAUUAUGAACUUUUAAAUUG